CUCACUCACCCCUCCCCCACCCCAACUCAUUCCAAGUUUACGCACUUCGGUUUUUGGUUGUUUUUUUUUGGGUUGCGUUUAGUUUUGUCUUCUGCAACAUGUAUUCGUGAGAAUGUUUUUUUUUUUUUUUUUUUUUUUUUUUUGUGUGUGCGUGAGUCGACAGUUUUCGGGUGACGGUGGAAUGGGUUUGGUUUAGCUGUUGAGUGAGUGAGUGAGUGGGUGUGUGUGUGUCUGAGGAGGGGGACUUGACCUGUAAGCUAGGUUGUGUGAGGUUAAGCCUUGGGUUGACACUCACUAAUGCUCGUCUUGACAACGAACGCCCUUCUUUUGCUUAUCUGGAUUCCCUGAAGACUUGUGUCAAAGCCUUGGAGGCUGCAGAGGUGGUCCACCAUAAAGCCAGGCUUGGGUGCAUGUGGACUGUCUUGAGUACUAGAAUCAUAUUGCCGUUGGUUUUUCCUGGAGGUUUGUGCACACCAGUGUCUCAUGUCCCGGAUGGUGGGUUUUGAGUCAAGUUUUUGGUGAUUGUCACAGAAGUGGCCAGUCUAGGGGAGGUCCACCAUAACGUCGGUGUGCUUCACGGAGGGUUGAGUAUCAGGCUUUAUCUUAUUGCGUUGAAAAUGCUCCCUCGGCAGAUUCCUGGGUUUUGAGGAUUGUGGGUUUUGUGCGUUCGUGGACUUUAGGAGCGUUGGCUUUCGCAAUAGGAGACUGGUGGCUUGGUCGUUUGAACGUAUACUCUCUUUUGUUCGUGGACCUUACUGGUUUCCGUGUUGCGUAGCAGUCUUCGUGGUCUCAUUGCAAGCACACCUACCUUAUGGACAUUUCCGGCUCCUGAAGUUUGUAGCGCGCAAAGUUAGUUUGCCUUGUUCUUCUACUAAACUACUGCCUCCUUUUCUCGCCCUGGCUUCCGCGAGAUUCUUUUCAAGCAAUUCCGGUGGAACCAACAGAGAGCUCGUUGCGGGACGUUUCGAGAUGGAAGGCGACGCUGCGGGUAUUUCUCCGGCUGCGCCACCCGUGAAGCGACGGAGGGGACGGCCUCGUAAAUCAGAACUACCACCAACGCCGAGUAGCGCAAAAGACGCUGUGGGAUCCCAAAAAGCAACAGGAACUGGUACUGAUUCGACGAAGCCGAGGAAGCAAAGGAAGAGAAAAGGUGUGGAAGUCGCCCCAGCUAGUGUGGAUGUGUCCAUGAUUGGGCAACAAGUGACUGGUGUGUUGGAUGGAACCUUCGACGCGGGCUAUCUCUUAAGCGUCAGAGUUGGAAGCUCAGACAUGAUAUUGCGCGGUGUUGUAUUCGGUCCUGGCUUGUCUGUGCCUCUAUCAAGAGUGAACGACAUCGCACCGGGUGUGAAGCAAGUCAGACGAGAGGAAAUGCCCUUACCGCCGGCUUCAAAGCUUCCCAUCCCUCCCAAACCUCCCACUCCUGCCAAGCUUCCGAUAGUUUCGCCAUCCCUGCCAUUUGUAGUGCAAACGCCUCCCCCUCCACCCAGUGCUGUGCCCCCAACAUCCGCAGUCCUGGAAGCAGCUGCAGCCGUGUUUGGCAAUGCCGUCUCCGCGGCCUCGUCUCCAGCUCCACCCUCGACAGGCCUGGUGGCGGCGUUGCAACAAUUACCCGGGGGUGGGUACACCCCAGACCCAUCCACUUUCUCUCAGCCCACCUUCCAAUCCGAGUCUGCGAAGCAAGUCACCCAACAGGCCAAAGUGGUUCAGUCCGGGGCAUGAUUUCUACCCAGCAGUUUGCAUUGCUCAGUGUAUUCUUAGUUUUUGGAAGUUUUAUUACUGCUGGUGAUUUCUCUCAUGUUGUUUGAUUAGCUGCGAGGUCAAAGCUUGGUUGUAGGCAACCGAAGCUUAGGGGUAACAAGGGGCGGGGUGGGAGGGCAAGUAGACUUCCACCUUGCAGGUGAUAGUUUCUGUACAGAAGCAUGUUUGGAAGGAGGCAGCAGGAGCAAGCUUGACGGUUACUGCUAACGAUGGCGUAGAGAUAGCGACAGAGAAAGCGAUAGACAGACAAACAAGCAGGCAGGCAGGCAUAUCCCUCAAUUUCGUCCCACAUUUAAAUCGACGUAGGCAGGGCAGGAGAUGAUCAACGAUAUCGUCUUUAGGAUUUUGUCAGCAUAGUUUUUGUGUGUUCGGAACCUUCACACUCUCAAUACAGACACCGCCAGACUCUCGCACCUCCCGUAGUAGCAGCAGCAGCAGUAGCAGCAGCCAGCCACUGCUGCUUCUGCUGCUUGCUUGCUCUCAUCCCUUGAGUUGAGCCAUCCCAAGGUGUAACAUGUCUGCAAGGAAACAUUUCCUUUACACUCCAAUUUGUUUCUUCUUUUGCAUUCUUCAAUUCAAAACCACUUUUCCUUUUCUCCCUCUCA